AUGCCUGCAAAGGCAAACCGAAAAGAGCCACAGGUGCAAAACAAGGAGCUUCUUCUGCGCAUCUCUUUCCUCAAGCAAGCUGGCAAUUUCUUGGCUGGCCUCUCUGCAACUCAACCCGGACCGCCAACAGUCUCAUGCAAUGCCAGCGGGGCAAGGAGCGAUGCCAAGAUAGCGAAGAGAAGCAAGAAUCAUGCAACGGCUGAGCGGAUGAACGCGACAACAGGCUCGAUGAUGGCUUCCAUUGCCCAAAAGGCGACAUUGCGAACCUCACCUGCACUCAAACGGACUAUUUGCCCCUCGUGCAGAGCGGUGCUCGUGCCUGGUCUGACAUGCAGCGUCAGGAACCGUCCUAGCGGGGUGCAUGGACAUCUGCUCAAGACGACUUGCUGGCCAUGUCGCGCUGUCAGAUCCUUACCGCAACCGCCAUUGCUCUCGAGCGCAAGCGAGAAUCCUGCUCAGCAAGCCGAUGGGUCGUCUGUACCGCCGGAGGAGAUAGUCAGUGGGGCUAGACGAUCGUCGGCAAGAGCCGUGCGCAAUAAGAAACGUGCGCGCAAGCCUAUCUUCUUCGAGCGGAAUCCUUCGUAUGUGACGAUCUAG